AUGCACUACGCACGAGUCACAGCCGGUGGCGCGAGGCUCGCCAAGCGGCAUCUUGGUCGAUUCAAAGACAUGCCCAGUCGCCAUGGCUGCACAAUCCUUUCUCUAUCUAACGACCAUCAUGUUACCUACCCGUACAAGACACUCCAUGAGUUCUUUUCGUUCUGCGGGAAUCUCGUCUAUCGAACACGAUGUAACGAAGCAGACCGCUACCGUCCACUUUGGAAGUCGUUGCGGCGAAGACCGCGCUGGCUCAACGGCGGCAGCCUCGACGGCGCAACGCUCGCAGUGACAGGCGAGAAGGAGCACCGGGAGGGCCAAUUCGAGCAGAUGACAAGCCCCGUGCAGCCACUGCACGACCAUAUCCUUCAGCGCGCGAUCGAGCUCGACAUAAGCACGGCAUCUGUCGCGCUCCUCAACUACAUGAAGUCGCUCGACAACACCUCGGGGAGAAGCGGCGCAGCCAAGGCGCUCGACGAGCAGAAGGGCUACUCCAAGCAGGCAACGCUGAUCGUCUGUGUCGCUGCAUACUACACUCGCGCGUCUCGUCACCGUGGGCCAGACGUCUUCCAGUUUUACACUUCGACGGAGCAGGUCUCGACAUCAGCGAGGCGAAGCGCCUCAAGGGAGCCAGGGUCAGACCAGAAGCCCGCGGACGUCGGCACAGCUUCCACCGGGACAACUGAGAAGCCGCUCGUGUAAGGAUAUCCACGUCGGAAUGAAGAAGCUGAAACAUCUAAAUCUGUAUGUAUGCUAUCGUUACCCUAGUGACGAAAGAAUGUGUAGUGUAUGAUGCUUGGGCAACGUGAAUGAUAUAACAAUGCGCACGUCGCUGUUCUAGAUUCUUACUAUGCGAAAGCAAAAUACAAUGCGUCAGGCGUGGACAGAGCACAA